AUGGAGACGAUUCAACAAUUGCUGGCUACAAAGCCUCCCGGAGACUCAAAGCAAACGCAAUAUGUGGACACGGUAGAAGCAUACGAUAAAUGGACCGAGGUCUACGACACAGAUGGAAACUUCCUGCAACGUCUCGACACAAUCGAAAUGCGCUCUCUACUACCCCAAUUCAUCGACCGAGUAAGCAACCGCUUCCAGCCAAGCCCACCAGAAUCAGAGGCCGCAACCCGCCCCACCCUAGUAGAUCUAGGCUGCGGCACCGGCCGCAACACAAUCCAGCUUCUCUCCGCAUUAUCCACAGCCAAUAAAGCCAGUCAAUUCACCGUAAUCGGAUUGGAUGCCUCGCGGGGGAUGCUAGACGUAGCGCGGACUGCCACACGCGAGUAUGCAAAAAGCACAACGCAGAUGGAUGUUGAGCUCGGUAUCCUUGAUCUUCUUCAACCUGUAUCAAGAACGAAGCUGCCGCCUUCAUUGGAUGAAGCGGGUGCUGCGGGUGUGAUAUCUACGCUGGUGCUUGAACAUAUUCCGCUGGAGCGGUUUUUUGAGGCUGCGGCGGGAAUUAUGAGGUCUGGUGGGUAUUUGCUUGUGACGAAUAUGCAUGCUGAGAUGGGGAUGCGCAGUCAGGCGGGGUUUACGGAUGGGAGGGGGGUGAAGAUUCGGCCUACGAGUUAUUGUUAUGCUAUUUCUGAUGUUUUGGAUGCGGCUAGGGGGGCUGGGUUUGAGGUUGAGGAGGUUGAUGGUGCUGGGGUAGAUGGGGUUGUUGUUAGGGGAGUUGAUGAGCAGUUGGGGGAGGUUUUGGGAGCGAGGGCGAAGAAAUGGGUUGGGGUUAGGGUUUGGUUUGGGGUUUGUUUUGUUAAGAGAGGUUGA